AUGGCUAACCAGAGCUUUGCCAUAGAUGGCCCUGGAAGCCUGCUGGCUGUGCUGGCCUCUCAGAGUGGACUGGCCAGAGGAGGCAGCAGCAGUGACAGCAGCAGCAACACUGGAAUCUCUGCCACAGACGUGUCUGCCUACUUUAAGCUGGUCUUUUUAGGCCUGAUAAUCUGUGUCAGUCUGGUGGGUAACCUCCUGGUGUCCCUGCUGGUGCUCCGGGACAGGACACUUCACAAGGCCCCAUACUUCUUCCUGUUGGACCUGUGCCUGGCCGAUGCAGUGCGCUCUGCUGCCUGCUUCCCCUUCGUGCUGGUGUCGGUCCACAACAGCUCGGCCUGGACUUACAGUGCCUUGAGUUGCAAAGUUGUGGCUUUUAUGGCUGUGCUCUUUUGUUUUCAUGCUGCCUUCAUGCUGUUCUGUGUGGCCGUCACCCGCUACCUUGCCAUUGCCCACCAUAGGUUUUAUGCCAAGCGCAUGACCAUCUGGACCUGUGCUGCCAUUAUCUGCAUGGUUUGGACUCUGGCGGUCGCCAUGGCGUUCCCACCUGUCUUUGACGUAGGAACAUACAAGUUCAUCCGUGAUGAAGACCAGUGCAUUUUUGAACACCGCUAUCUGAAGACCAACGACACCCUGGGCUUCAUGCUCAUGCUGGCUGUGGUGGUCCUGGCCACACAUGGCUUCUACGCUAAGCUGCUCCUGUUCGAGUACAGACACCGGAAAAUGAAGCCUGUUCAGCUGGUGCCAGCCAUCAGUCAGAACUGGACCUUCCAUGGACCGGGGGCCACCGGACAGGCUGCAGCAAACUGGAUUGCAGGGUUUGGUCGUGGCCCCAUGCCGCCCACUCUGCUGGGCAUUAGGCAGAACCUUCAUAAUCAGCACCGUCGGCUGCUGGGGAUGGAGGAGGUGCGGUCAGAGCGGAGGCUGGGCAGGAUGUUCUACACCAUUACCCUGCUCUUUCUGGUGCUCUGGGCUCCUUACAUCAUCGCCUGCUUCUGGAGGGUCUUUGUCAAGUCCUGCUCCAUCCCACACAAGUACCUAUCCAUCACAGUGUGGAUGAGCUUUGCCCAGGCGGGGGUAAACCCCAUCUUCUGCCUCCUGCUCAAUGAGGAUCUAAGGAAGGUGCUGCGAGCGCACCUGCCCACAUACUGGAGGACUAAACAACACCUGCCCCAAGACGAGGCCUACUGCAUCAUGUGA